AUGUUUUUGGUUUUCUUGGUUAAAAAUUUUGGCAGUAUUUAUUUUCUUCAAGAUAAUAACCUUAAUCAAUGGAGUUUCCUAUCCAUUAACUUAAGUGCAAUUUCUGGGUUUACUCAAAACCAAAAAUCCAACUGUUUUCCAGAUUUCAAGUCAAAUGAAAUGGUUUGA